UUCAACCCACAUCGAGCCAUUCGGCUUCCAGAACCAAAAAGGCCACCAAUAGCUCUUUCUCAUCAGUUGGUCUGUCGUUAGGCAUCAGAUUGCUCCAGCUCUUCUGCUUAUUUUGACAGUCUAGUUCUCGUGUUUCCUAAGAGCAGUUCACCAUGGGUUUGACAAUCGGGAAGCUCUUCACGAGAUUCUUUGGGAAAAGGGACAUGCGUAUUCUUAUGGUUGGUCUAGAUGCCGCUGGUAAAACGACCAUUCUGUACAAGCUGAAGCUGGGAGAGAUCGUGACCACGAUUCCGACCAUCGGAUUCAACGUCGAAACUGUGGAGUACAAGAACAUUAGCUUCACCGUGUGGGAUGUCGGGGGUCAGGACAAGAUCCGUCCCCUGUGGAGGCAUUACUUCCAGAAUACACAAGGUUUGAUCUUCGUCGUCGACAGCAACGAUAGGGAUCGUGUGAUGGAAGCCAGAGAUGAAUUGCACAGAAUGCUCAACGAGGACGAAUUGCGAGAUGCAGUGCUGCUUGUGUUUGCUAACAAGCAGGAUCUUCCAAACGCGAUGAACGCUGCAGAGAUUACCGAUAAGCUUGGUCUUCAUUCGUUGCGCCAGCGUCAGUGGUAUAUCCAGAGUACUUGCGCUACCUCAGGAGAAGGUCUUUAUGAGGGUCUCGACUGGCUGUCCAACAACAUCUCCUCUAAGGACUAAGCAUUGAGAGCCAUAACAUGGCUUGCGAGGAAGGACAUCACUAUCUAAGCACCCUGGACAAGUUUUCAGCGCUAAACCAAGAAAAAGCCACAAGAUGCUACUCCAAGUCUUCUCUCAGUGCCAAUUUAUCUUUUGUAUCCCCUUCUUUCUAGCAACAUUGUGAAAUUCUUUUUAGUUGAUUAUGCACAUCGACAGUCUGCUAUGUUGUCUCACUGUUAGCAAUUAGGCUGAAUUAUGCAAUACAACAUGUAUGUCCCGAAUGGAAAAUCUAGUUGCAAGCAAAUGCAAGCAAAUUUGUUAAUGGGCCCCUAUUUCGCCGUCAGCCGUCGCAGCGCAUUCUCUUCGUUUCCUUUUGUCGCUCAGUACGUCCACAUUUUUGUAGAAUCCGUGUUCUGUUUGACAGAAAGGCUUUAGAGUUCGGGUUUCGCGUUUCAGCGAACGAAACGGUGUCCGUAAGAUAUUUGCGCUGUUCUUUGAGAUCUUGGCGGGAUAACUCACAGCGAGCUCUACUCCACGGGAUCCCGUUGUCCGUGAAUAGAUUCAACACCGUGAGAACGUGUGCUGCUGAGGGCCGUUUGGAGCACGUGCCGUUUGAGUAGCGAUGCUCUGAAGAAAGGCGCCAAUCGAGGCACUUACUGACGCAGGUUGCUCUGAAGAACUAGCGGAGCGAUCGCCAAGUCUGCUUCAGCCAAUCAACGGCUUCCGCCUGCUCUUACGUCGACCCAAAGCGAUCGCGAAGGCUACUUCCACCGCCAUUUGCCGGCUUGAACCGUUUCGGAUCCCGGAGGUUGUCGCUCCCCGCCAGUCAUGUUCCGUCAUAAGCCAGCGCCGUGUUGUGGCCGGCGCUAUGCUCUGUGGUCGCUAUGCGCGGCUGUGCUUAUAGCGGGGGCUGCACUGAGAGUGGAUGCGAGGGCUGAUGCUGUUAUGGUGGGCUGCAGCGGGUUUGUGAAGCCAAGUGCUCAUCUGACAUCUCUGCUGGAGCAAGGGAGCAACUCAGAACCCAUUGACUACACUCGUGUCAUGGUGGAGCUACAGUCCCAUGACGGUUUCGUCCAUGAGAGGACAAAAUGUGACGAGGAUGGCUACUACUACCUCAUGGCCCCUUCUCUGCAGGAUUCUUUUCUUAUCACCCUUCGAGGCCCUCCUGGCUGGUCCUUCGACGCAACCAAGAUGGUAGUGGUCGAUGCUGCCACCUGCAAUGCUGGCAAUGACGUGGACUUCCACAUCUAUGGGUUCGGCCUCUCAGGCCGCAUACUCAGCCACUCGCCAUCAGCAACAGAAUCGGGAUCAGGCUCAGCACAGGGAGCAGUGAAAUCACCCGAAGCACCCCUGAUAGGGCCUGCUGGUAUCCUCGUGACCAUACGGUCAGUCAGCAAUAACAUAGAGAGCAGCAGGAGCGGCAGUGGCAGUGCAGAGGAGGAGGGAGUGUCGCAGCAGCAGCAGCAGCAGCAAGAGCAGCAGUUGAGUGCGACGGCUGUUACAGACGCCAGUGGGGCUUUCACCUUCACUGGCCUCCCUGUGGGAGCGUAUGAGCUGUCUGCCACCCACCCACUCUGGUCAAUCCGCCCCGUUACAAGCACACUCGACACAAGCACAAGCAUCCCUGUCGAGGCUGGGUGGGACAGCACGGACCUUGGAGCAGCGUUUUACGUGGGGAGCUAUGAUGCUUCGGAUGCUCAGAACCAGCCUGGCGUUGCUGUGGUGGCAGGCAGGGGCAGAGUGGAGGAUGGGGCGGGCCGUGGAGUGGAGGGAGCGACAGUGAUGGUGGAUGGGCUCUCAGUGGCUGUUACUGAUGCCAAGGGCGCCUAUUCCUUCACUCUCCCCACUGCCCUCCUCUCAUCUCCACCUCUCCAACAUCCCUCCUCUACACCCGCCCCUCCACCUCCUCCUCCCCCCCCCAACCACCACACUCUAUCAGCAGUCCGACCCCUCUACUCCUUCUCCUCCCUUCCUAACAUCGCCCUCCCUCCUGCUACCACCACCACUGCUGCUGCUGCUGCUGCUGCUGCUGCUAAUGCUCCUGCUGCUGCUGGUGGUGCUAGUGCCACAACUGCCGUUGACUUGCCGCCCAUCCGAGCCGCCCGGUACGCGCUGUGCGGGCGGGUGGAGAUGGGCGGCGACUCGUCCUUUGUGCCGUGGAGACGCAUGGAGCUGAGCAGGGCUUCUGAGGCUGGGGGAUCUCAGGAAUGGAGUGCAGAGACAGAGGACGCAGGGACAGAGGACGCAGGGACCAAGGACGGAACCCUGCUAAGCCGGACUAAGGCAACAGGGGGUGCCAAAAGGUCCAACACUGGCAAAAGCAGCAGCAGCAGCGAGUUCCAGAAAGCAAGGAAGCGUGCUCCUCCAGUGAUUGCCGAGGCAGACCAAGACGGACGGUUCUGCUUCAUGGUGCCACGUGGCAGCUAUCAACUGGUGCCUGAGAUCAGCCCAGAUGAGGUGGCAGCAGGGCUGGUCUUCUCCCCCUCUAUAAUGGAAUCCGUUACUGUCACAUCCUCACCAGUCACAGAUAUAGUCUUCAAACAGUCACACCUGUUUAUAUCUGGCAAGGUGCGCUGCCUCCAGCAGUGUGACUCAGCCGUUACAGUCACACUCCUGGCUGUCACAGAUACAAUGACCGACGGAGAAAUGGAGGGAGGUACAGAGCAGCAGCAGCAGCAGCAGGGGCAGCACAGGGGCACGUUCUUACAACGAGUUGUGCUGAGAGUGGGGGGAGAGGGGGGGGCGGAGGGAGAGGCUGGGGGCGUCGGGGGGAAGGGCAAGGGGAGGAAAGGCGAGGUGAUGACGAGAGGCACAAGUGGCUCCUUCUUCUUCGAUCAGCUGCUCCCUGGGUCGUACAGACUCGAGGCCCGCAAAACGCCCGUCGAUGCCAGCGACCUGCAGCAGGACGAGUGGUGCUGGGAGGAGGGCAGUGCUGACGUGGCAGUGUACGAUUCCCCCGUGACGAACGUACAGCUGGUGCAGAGGGGGUGGCGCAUGGUGGUGCGGGCAUCAAUGGAGGACAGAUUCACCUUGAUUCACAGCAGCUACGACCCCACCGACUUCUCUGUUUCGCCCGGAGUGCAGGAGUUCUGCGUGGAGUCCCCAGGGGAAUACACCCUCGUCAUGUCACAUGCAUGUGCCUACUACGGGGCCCUCUCCCUCGCCUUCCACACCAACCAGCCGAAGCCCAUACUGCUGACUCCCACAGCGUAUCGUGUAUCGGGCCUAGUCUUCCUCAACACCUCCCUCCUCUCCCCCUCUCUCUCCCUCCUCUCGCUGGAAGCAACCACCUCUGCUCGAAGCUAUCCUGACAGCAGUAGCAGCAGCAGCAGCAGUGUUACCAGCAGCAGCAUCGAAAGCCAGAGCAUGGCCGAUGGCUCUCUCGGUUCAGUGGGGUCCGAGGGGGGUGGCUCUCUGGUGCUGCGUCGGCCUCCUUCCAAGGAAGAUCCCGUUGCGGUGUAUGAGCAGUCGUUCUGGCUUGAGCCCAACACGGACCUCCUCCUCUCCCUGCACCACUCUGGCUUCCCUGCAACAUGUCCUCUUCCCGCUGGCGCUGCUGCUGGUGGGGUGAAGAAUGCGGGUGACGAGGGAAUGGCAGGCUCAGGGGAGGUAGAUCUAGGGGAGGUAGACCCAGGGGAGAUCAAUCUAGGAGAGGGGUGGGAGCAGCAAGAGCAGGGGAAGCAAGAGGAGCGCAAUAUGAAGCUGGAAGCAAGGGAUUCGUCCAUAGACUAUCCACUGGGCGAGUCGGAGAUCCCGCAGGAGCAGCCUACCCCAGAUGGCACCUUCCCCUUCCCACCAUUGCCGCGGCUCCUUUUCUACCCACGAGCCAUUCCUGUGAGAAUCGACCCCUUCAAGUGCCCCAUGCCCCUCCCCUCUGUGUGGGCCCGGCCAGGCAUUUUCCUCACAGCCCGGAUCACUCCCGCGCUGCCAGCUGUCAAUGUGUCAGUGGUCGCUGACUCAGCCAGUGACGCUAGGGGGUGGGAGGCAGGGGAGGUGGUGGGAUGGAGGCUGACUGUGGGGGGGAGGGGAGGAGGGGAGGAGAGGAGGGGGGCGGAGGGGAAAGAAGGAGAGGAGGAGAGAGUGGAAGAGGAGGGGUUGGAUAAGGAGAGUAAUGGAGAGGGGGUUGUUCUGGGUCCUCUGUACGACGAUGCGAGAUACCACCUGGAGUUACAUAAGGAAGGGUAUAUUUUCUUGUCUACAGGAGCCAAUUCCUUCACAGCAGAAAGGGUUGAAGCCACACAAAAGACGUGCCAGCCUGGCAGCAGCAGCAGCAGCAGCAGCAGGACUGGGGAGCAGCACGCAUGCAAGUGGGAGUCUUGACUUGAGGUCACCAGCUGUAGCCAUUUCACCUGGCUUUUAGGCAUUGCUGCUCACUGCUCACACCUAAAAAGGCCGGUUUUCAGCUCUCGGGCUCUCAGCUCUCGGGCUCUCAGCUCCCAGCUCAAGAUAACAUCCUUACGAUACGACUCACUUCUGGCCAGGCGCAUUGUGGCAUCUUCAGCUCAUGCGUUUAGGAGGUGCACGCUUGCUCCAUCCGUGUAUAGAGAAUCGGGUCAGGCUGGUUAAAGAAGGCUCCUCUCCUGUGGGAGCAGUGGGAGCUAGUAUUGCAUCAAAGUUCAAGGGGUAUGGGAUGGGAUGGGAUGGUGCAGCAUCAAAGUGAUGUACGCACCGUGAUGUACCGCUGCCAAAUUAUAUAUUUAUAUAUAUUUGUAUAGGCUUGGUAGUUGUGCUACAUUGCUGGAUCCUACUGUAGAGGGGACAACCCCCCCUUCUUGUAUCUCCUCUCUCCUAGUCACUCUCUCUUCUCUCG